UCCCGAAGCGUUAUGUAACUCCGCAACAGAACAUAGCCAACAUAACGGCACUUUCCGUCUUCCUCUUCCUCUUCGUCUUCGUCUUCGUCUUCCUCCCCCCGUUUGUCGCAAUAUAAUCAAUUUUUUAACUCCCUCCAGCUCCCAAUCCCCCCCGUUUGCCACUGCCGCGGUGGUCUGGUCCUCCGCGCGCUUUCUGCCUUCCUCGAUCUUCGCCUCCAGCCUCCCCUUCUAUCCUAGCUCUGCUCUUCUCCGCUUCUUUUCGGCAGAGGUGGACUGCGCGCCGUGAUUCAUGCUGUGAACCGUUUAAGGUUUGGUGGCCUUGGGCUUCUCGCCGGACUCUGUGUCGCCGGACCAAAUCUCGAGAAAACGACAAAUACUAAGAAGAGGGAGGAAGUGUGGGAGUAGGGGCAAAAAAAAAAAAAAAAAUAAAAAAAAAAAAUCAAAAUUGAUAUUGGAAUGCGGCGGAGGUGAGGCGGGGCUCUCGUCCUGAUAGCGUUGGAGGGGAAAAGAAGGAAGUGACUUUGAAGGACGAGGUUUGGACGUUCCGGCACGGCAUGAAUGCCAGACGAACCAUCCGUGGAAUUACCUUCCUAGCUCGUUGAGUCGUUGUAAUCUAUAUUUCCGCGAGUAACUUGUUUUAAAUUACCGCCCGCUUCAGCUCCGUUCGUAUUUUUUCACGCAGUCUGUGGUUUGAUGGAAGAGAGAGCAAUCCGAUCGGUCAGAGCUCUGGUGGAGGCAUUUUCAAUUGUUGGUUCCGUUUCUUUCGCUGACAAAAGAAGCAAUUUUUGAGACCAAAUGUUACUCAUUUUUUUUCUUUUGGGAAAAAAUUUGAAGCCUCGCCAUUUUCUUGUCAAGCAGUUUGUUCCUUCUAUCUUUGCUUCUCCUCCUCCUUUCGGCUCGUUUAAAGAGAUUAAUCGUCUUCUCGACUGUUUCAUUGAUGAGGAUAUAGUGGUUGCUUGAUCUGAUUCUGUCUUUUCGCUUGGAUCUGCGGCAGAGAGUGACCUUUGACUGAGGACAACUGACAUUAUCCAAAAAGGAUAUUGGCCUCAUUUCUCCUCUGUUGCCACGAGAUGCCGACUAGAAUCAUGGAACAUAAUGGCCUGUCUCCAUUUGUUCGGAAUUCUGAGGACUCUUCCCUCUUCUUCGAGGAGCUAGUCUUUCUGACAGAGAGGCAAGUUGGAUUGAAGAAAUCAGGCUCAGAGAUUGAUCAUCAUGGAGCUCACCCCCAGAGAAAUCUAGGGCAGAGUGGACUUUGUAUGCGCAGGGAGCAGAUGGUUGGCAUAUCAAAUUCCUGGAAAGAUGUUGAUCAGUAUUCAUCUCUCCAAUCUGAUCUUUCCAGUCUAUCUACUACUUCUGCAAUCAGGGAACCCAAACAUCAGAGUGGACCCCUUUAUGACAGAUUUUUCUCAAGUUCUUUAUCAGAUAUAUUUGUAAAAAAAUUGCAGUUGUCAUCAAGCAAUGUCACUUUCUGUCAGUCCAGAGAUGAAAAUAACUUAGAUGAAGACGAGCCUUUUCAAUCAAUGGAAGAACUAGAAGCUCGAACAAUAGGAAACCUUCUUCCUGAUGAUGAUGAUUUACUUUCUGGUGUUAAUGAUGAUAUUGGAUUUGUUGGUCGGGUCAAUAAUAGAGGUGAUAUUGAUGAUGACAUAUUCUACAGUGGUGGAGGUAUCGAACUAGAAAUUGAUGAUACCAUUGAUGCCAAUAAAGCCUCUGAACUUGUAGAAGCAGCUAAUGAGCAGCUAAGUGGACUAAAUGGCUUAUUUUCUGGUGAACACCCUUUCGGUGAACGCCCUUCAAGAACUCUUUUUGUUCGAAACAUUAAUAGCAAUGUUGAAGAUGCUGAGUUAAAAUCUCUUUUUGAGCAAUAUGGUGAGAUACGGACAAUCUAUACUGCCUGUAAACAUCGAGGUUUUGUUAUGAUUUCUUACUAUGACAUAAGAGCAGCCCGAAAUGCAAUGAAAUCACUUCAAAGUAAGCCAUUGAGGCGGAGGAGGCUUGAUAUCCAUUUUUCAAUUCCAAAGAACAAUCCAUCAGAGAAAGACAUUAACCAGGGAACACUUGUGGUAUUCAACCUUGAUGCAUCUGUUUCAAAUGAUGAUCUUCGUCACAUAUUUGGGGCUUAUGGCGAAAUCAAAGAGAUACGGGAAACACCUCAUAAGCAUAAUCAUAAAUUUAUAGAAUUUUAUGAUGUGAGAGCUGCCGAAGCUGCACUUCAUUCUUUAAACAGGAGUGAUAUUGCAGGCAAGAAAAUCAAACUUGAGUCUAGCCGUCCUGGAGGUGCAAGACGCUUGAUGCAAUCUCCAGAGUUGGAGCAGGAAGCAUCAAAUGGAUGGAAGUCGGGUAGUGAUGACCACUCUAAAUCAGGAUGCUUUGGAUCUGUGUCUCAUGGAAUAAUUGCAUCUAAUGGUCUUGAAAAUGGAUCUUUCGAUAGACUUCACUCUACAGUUUGUGCACCAAUUAGCCCAUUCACAGACGCCACAUCUCAUGCUAUGUCUUCCACUGUAUCCCAGAAUUUAUCAACUACUUUGAGAUUUGCAUCCAUAAGUGGUCAAUACAAUCAAGCUGCUCAUGCAGAUCUUAGCCAUUCAUUAAACCAGUUCAAUUUUGGAGUUCAAGGGCAAGGCAUAACUAGUUUCCAUCCUCAUUCACUUCCAGAUUUUCAUAAUGGAACAACAAAUGGCACUCCAUGUGAAUCCUCAAACCUGAUGUCAGCUAUGAGCUUUAAUGUCAACAUGAGAUCUACUGAAGAAACCAACAACAGAUUUCUCCAGAAAGUGGGCUCUGGUACCCUUAAUCAGUACAAUAAUGCUAUUGGAGUUUCUGGAAUUGGAAGUUUCCCUCUUAAUGGGCGACCAUAUGUUUGGGAUAAUUCAAAUGCAUAUCAUCACCAACCCCCUAACCCCAUAUCAUGGCCAAAUUUAUCAUCAUUUGCGAACAACGUCCCCCCCACUCAUGAUCAAUCUCAGAUGCAUGGGGAUCCAAGGUCAUCUCAUAUGCUGAAUACAGUUCCACAUUUGCACCAUGCUGGUUCAGCACCUCAAGUCACUCCACUUUGGGACAGACGACAUGGCUAUGGCGGGGCUGCCACUGAUUCACAUGCUUUGCUUCCUGGAUCUCUUGGAAACAUGAGGUUUUCUGACAUGCCUAAGCUGCAUCCAAUGGACAUUGCUUCUUGUGGCCUCCCCGUUCAUGCUAUUGGAAAUUGUAUCGACCCUAACCCUUCACUUGUGGGGAUCUCUUCAUCUCAACAAAGGGGCCAGAUCUUCCAUGGUAGGAGUGCUAUGAUUCUUACACCUAGUUCACUUGAUGGUCCAAUUGAUCGUAUUAAGAGUCGAAGAAAUGAUGCAAAUUCUAAUCAGGCUGAUAGCAAAAAGCAGUAUGAACUUGAUAUUGAACUUAUUAUACGUGGUGAAGACUCCCGUACAACACUUAUGCUAAAAAACAUUCCUAAUAAGUAUACUUCCAAGAUGCUGUUGGCUGCAAUUGAUGAAAAUCAUCGCGGCACUUAUGACUUUUUCUAUUUACCAAUUGAUUUUAAGAACAAGUGCAAUGUUGGAUAUGCAUUUAUAAACAUGACCAAACCUCAGCAUAUCAUUCCAUUUUAUCAGUCAUUCAAUGGCAAGAAAUGGGAAAAAUUUAACAGUGAAAAAGUCGCUUCACUUGCAUACGCCAGAAUUCAAGGGAAAUCUGCUCUUAUUACUCAUUUCCAGAAUUCUAGUCUAAUGAAUGAAGAUAAACGUUGUCGUCCUAUCAUUUUCCAUUCAGAUGGUCCAAAUGCAGGGGAUCAGGAACCCUUUCCUAUGGGGCUUGCUAUCAGGUCCCGGUCGAGCAGGUCAAGAACUGUAAAUGGUAUCGAAGAGCAACAUCAUGGUAGUCCUACUACCUUUGCAAAUGUGGAAGCUUCUCCUGACGCAGCUGCUGGCUCUUCUCCAUCAGAUUGGCCGACUAACUCUGAGACGUGCGAGCAGACAUGUUACAAGACUUGAUUUUAAACAGAAAAUCUGCAGCUUUGAUUUCUCUACCAUUUCUCCAUUUUGGUAGUUUGCCAAUGUUCACCGACUAGUUUUGUGCCACAAAACCCAGAAAAAGGCGAAGGCGCAGGAAGAGCUUAAAGAUUUUGGCUGACUAUAAAAGAAAUACAACAAUGCACACAAGCUCCAGUUUGACAGGAUGCUGUAAUCUGAUUGUGGUUCAAGGCCUUUCUCUUCUCUGGAUUUUGUUCAUUUUGAGGUACUUCCAUAGAUUUGGGUCUUGACAAACUGUGCCUGGCUAGACAUCUUGAGUUAUACUCUCUGUGCCUAAAACUUUUGGCAUGAAUUUUGAACUCAAUGUUCUAUUGAGGUUUUUUAAAA